CCGCCCCGGGAUCCCCGCCAGCGCGCCGCGUCCCAAGUCCCCCGCCGCCGUGCCGCCACCCGUGCACCCCGCCGCGCUGUGCAAGAAGAUGGCGGGAUCGGUGGCCGACAGUGAUGCCGUUGUGAAACUAGAUGAUGGGCACUUAAACAACUCCUUGAGCUCUCCAGUUCAAGCCGACGUGUACUUCCCACGACUGAUAGUUCCAUUUUGUGGGCACAUUAAAGGUGGCAUGAGACCAGGCAAAAAGGUGUUAGUGAUGGGCAUCGUAGACCUCAACCCAGAAAGCUUUGCAAUCAGCUUGACCUGUGGUGACUCCGAAGAUCCUCCAGCUGAUGUGGCAAUUGAACUCAAAGCUGUGUUCACAGACCGGCAGCUACUCAGAAAUUCUUGCAUAUCCGGGGAAAGGGGUGAAGAACAGUCAGCAAUCCCUUAUUUCCCAUUCAUCCCAGACCAGCCAUUCAGGGUGGAAAUUCUUUGUGAGCACCCACGUUUCAGAGUAUUUGUGGAUGGACACCAGCUUUUUGAUUUUUACCAUCGCAUUCCAACGUUAUCUGCGAUCGACACCAUAAAGAUAAAUGGGGACCUCCAGAUCACCAAGCUUGGCUGAUGUUCAAAACACCUCUGUUUCACUUAGGAUCAGGUGCCACAACUGUCCAACUGUCAGUCUGGAAGAAGUGUCCUAGCAAGAUCUGGAGACCUAAAAAGGAAACAAACGGCAAACAUUACUGUCUCUUCUUCCUGUGCAGUUUAAACCCAAAAUGACAACUUCAACCAUGGAUUGCCGUUGGGAAGCUGUGGGGACAAAGACACCAAGCCAUUAUUCCCAGAACAAAGUAAUACAUUUUUGCUGGAUUUCAUUCAGACUAAACUAAAAUGGAUUUGUGAUGAUUUGUGAUUUGGUAGCAAAUUAUUCAUCUUUUCAAAGCAAAGUGAUAUUUAGAAACAAAAGUGCUAAAGACACUAAAAAAAAAAAAAAAAACAACAACGGUACACCGAAAUCAACACAUUUCUGCACUGAAGUGGAAUUGUGUAGCACAACCAACAUUUUAGUCAGGGUAUUUACAUAGAAUGUAGGUUGUUCCAGAUUUGGUUUUUUUGUUUUGUUUUUGUUUUUGUUUUGCACAGCAUAAUGUUAAUUCAGACUUUUGAAGCUUUCUUGUAGUUAUUUAUUUAUACUCAGUGUAUGUAUUAGAGAAUGAGCAAUGUCUCAAGAACAGCAAGUUACAAACUUUUGAAUGUACAAAUACCUUAGGUCCAAGGGGGGAAAUGAUAUAUUACAACUAUGAAACAGGUAAAUUUCUACCUUAAAGAAUUGAGUUCUAUUCUCCAUACCCCUAAUCUAGGAUAUCUUGAUAUAAAUUGCUGUAAGUGCUUUUGGGAACACUCUGAAACAUUUCGAUAAAACUGCUUUCAAUUUAUUGCUAUGUAAAAUUCUAUUUACAUUGCUUUUCCUCCUUACUGUGAAUUAGCACAGUAUUGGCUUCCUUAAGACUACUUCUCCAUAGAUUUAUAUAAUAGCUCACUAAGUUGGUAUUAAAUUAAUUGAAAGCAUAAGAGAUGAUUGCAUAGAUAAUUUUUAAAUGACUAUUAUGUAAACUUUUAAAAGAAUAAAAUGAAAAUGACUCUGGAAUGCAGUGUAGAGCAGAAGCAAAUGGCCCCAAAUAACUUACUUGGCAGUAAUUUAUAUCAACUUAAGCUGUUAGCUCAUUGUAUGACUUUUCUUAUGUUACCCUCACCAAUAUCUUUAAGUAAUGCUUUUGGAGCUUCAGAGCAGAAGAUGCUUCCUACUGUGUUGGCUCUGAGGAGACAGUAGGACUAGAUGGGGUCCAGAAAUGAUCCAGUUUGUUUAUCUGAAAGGUUAUUUCCCAGGACUCCAAGUCUUUGAGUCCAACCAAUAGGGUGAAUGCUUCCAAUUAAGCUAUAGGAGUUUCCUUGCACUUGUGGAACCAAUCAAACAGUAGAGUGACUCCAGCAGGAGGCCACAGUACUGUAAACGUCACUGCAGGGCAAGGGAUGGUUGGAGUUCUGGGUACUGGACGUCACAAGCCGCAUUGACCCUGGACAGAAGGACCAUUGGCAUUGCUUUGGUCAGGUAGUGAGGGAAGACAGGGGUGCUGGGGUGUGGGUGUAUUUAUAUAUAAUUUAGGUUUUAUUUGUACAGCAUACUAUGUCUUACAAUGGCAUGUCCUUGUCCUGCUUUGCUUUUCGGGUGUUUUUGUUUUUGUUUUUGUUUUGUUUUGUUUACACAACAUGCAGAGGCACUGAAAGUGGCCAUGUCAUUUUCAUGUGUCGAGAAUGUAGACAGUGUUUCAGUACCAAAGUCUAAGAUAAACAAAGCAAAUUAAAAAUUAUGAAUUUUUUAUAGGUGAUAUAUUUGGAUUCUUGUCAACUUUGAAACUCUUUAGCACAGUUCCAUUGUGUUACAUAAGAAGAUACUUUAUCCAACAAGACUGGCUUUAUGUACCAGGUGACUUAUUCAGCCAUGAGGGCUGUUCUGUGGCUCCAGAUAUUUUCAGGCCUGUGAUUAACUUCUCAUGGCUUGUCACUAUAAAGCUACUAAAUCUGGGUGUUUGUGGAGAGACUUAGAGGGCACACUGAAAUACAUUUGUAGGAGUUUGGGUUCCACUUAUGGUAGAAGACCUCCAUAGGAGGACUCCUUCAAGUGGCUAACCAUUCCCACCCACUGCAUAAUUCAGCAGAAACUGGAGGAGCUUGGAGUGUAACUGAUUGGAAUUGACACUCUUGUUCUCUCCACCUAUCAGCUAACUCCUUAGCAGCCAAGCCCUAAGGCAGCUUAGUGUGAAAAUGCAGUGUUAACCCUUUGUUUCUCUGUGAGGUCAGUGGGAACCUCUUGGAUAAGCCUAUUGGGAUUAAUCUAAGUGACGUGAUGAUUUGAUUCAGAUAUAGCUGAAUUAGUAGGGGGCUAAUCCAGCUGUACUAAUCCUUAGCUAUAAACUGAAAACAAUAUUCAUACCCUCUCCUCGGCCUGUGAGGUCAAAGGUGGGAAUUUCAGGAUAGAAAGUGCAAUUUAAAGCUUCACAGGAAAAUAUUUGGGAAUGUAAGGAGUUAUUUCCUACCAGAGCCCUAGUUUUGCAAUAACCAAAACCAAGGAGUAUAACAAUCAGGCUCUGGGGGAAUAAAGGCAGGCUUUAGACAAUCUGUCAGUUUCUACAGCAAAAAAAUUGGAGUGAAUGUGUAUUAUCUGCUUAAAAGUUAAUAGAAGUGACUUCUACUUUUUGGACUAUCCCAGAAUUGUUUUAAAAUUAUUUUUUUAAAUUUUGAAACCCCAUUUCAAAUCUUGCCAACCUCAGUUCAAAACCCCCUGAGAGAUCACUUUUAGAAUGGAUGAUUUGUUAAAAUGGCAAAUCAUUUCAUUUGUGUUAAAAAAUAAAAUAUGUAGAAAGAGGGAGGGAGCCCUGUUGCCCUGAGAGAAACAGCCUUGGCAUUUUCCAGCGUUAAUGUAGAAAUAUCGUUCCUAUGAUGACAUAUUUUCAAAGAAACACUUUCUUAUUUACUGCGUGGUGUAAAAUGUUGCUAAAUGUGUUGUUACAUUAUGUCACUGCUGAAAGUUAUUUGCACUAUAAUAAAGGAAUUUUAUACAAAA